ACUCGCUGGCGCCCAAGUGGGAGGACGGCAGCUGCCCGUUCCCUCCUCCCCACAGCCCCGCUACCUGCCCAGUCCCCGAAGCGAAGCGUGAGAAGGCUGAGGGCCAGCCGGGCCGAGCCCACAACUUUGCAGCCUCUGGGCGGGCACGAGCCGGCGUCUGGGCUCCUCUUGUCGGCGACCAGAGCUCGGAAUGUAAUCGAGGAUGCUGGCCCUGAGGCUGCUCAACGUCGUGGCCCCUGCCUAUUUUCUGUGCAUCUCCUUGGUGACCUUCGUGCUGCAACUCUUCUUCUUCCUGCCCAGCAUGCGCGAGGACCCCGCGGCUGCCCCUCUCUUCUCGCCUGCCCUGCUCCACGGGGCGCUUUUCCUAUUUCUCUCCGCCAACGCCCUGGGCAAUUAUGUCCUGGUCAUCCAGAACUCCCCGGACGACCUGGACGCCUGUCAGGGUUCCUCAUCCAAGAGGGCUCUGUGCCCCCCGCCCAGCACCCACUUCUGCCGGGUGUGCGCCCGAGUCACGCUGCGGCACGACCACCACUGUUUCUUCACCGGCAACUGCAUCGGCAGCAGGAACAUGCGCAACUUCGUCCUGUUCUGCCUCUACACCUCCCUUGCCUGCCUCUAUUCCAUGGUGGCCGGAGUGGCUUACAUCUCUGCUGUCCUGUCCAUCUCUUUCGCCCAUCCCCUGGCCUUCCUCACGCUCCUGCCCACUUCCAUCAGCCAGUUCUUCUCCGGAGCUGUCCUCGGUUCUGAAAUGUUCGUCAUCCUCAUGCUCUACCUCUGGUUUGCCAUCGGCCUCGCCUGCGCCGGCUUCUGCUGCCACCAGCUGCUGUUGAUCCUCCGGGGGCAGACCCGCCACCAGGCUCGGAAGGGGGUGGCAGUGAGGGCCCGACCUUGGCGCAAGAACUUGCAGGAAGUCUUCGGAAAGAGGUGGCUGCUGGGCCUCCUGGUCCCCAUGUUCAAUGUCGGAAGCGAGAGCUCUAAGCAGCAGGACAAGUAGCAGACAGACACUCCAUCAUUUCUCUCCCUCUGAACAUAAGACCAUGACAUCUGUCUCUACCCACGAUCCACCGCAACCUCCAACUGGUAAGGUCCUUGCACCCGCCCCUGAUCUUCAACCCCUAGAGAACAGCGCUAGCUGGUGGGCCAUGGCAGGAAGAACGGCCACCGGGCACUGCUGGGCUUCUCACCAG